CGAGAACAGGAAGAGAAAAAGGCCCUGUCUAGGAAAUGAAAAUACAAAAGCAGAAGUGCACGAGAGAGCAAUUGAGGUGUGCAGUAUUGGGAGGGAGGAUUACAUUUCAUGAGAAGAAACAAAUUGUUGAAAAGCAAGUGAAACUUUGGAUACUGACUACAGCUACACUAUGGGAGAGUCUAGUAUCUGCCAAGUAAGAGCAACAGUCAUGCUGUAUGAUGAUGUCCACAAGCGAUGGGUGCCAGCGGGAUCUGAGGCUCCUUCCAUCAGCCGAGUCCACAUCUAUCAUCACCCUGGGCUAAUACCUUCAGAGUGGUGGGACGCAAACUGCAGGCUGACCAGCAGUGUCACCACUGGAGGCCAGACAGCUGAUCAGAAUCAGGUAAUGAGUCACUAAAUAAAAGCAUGCUGGUAACCUGGUUCUGGUCUCCUUGCAGUAGUCUGGGUCCUGAGAGGGAGAUCCACUGACACGAAGCAGCCUCAAGAAAUAAAG